GAAAACUACUCUCUCUGUCCUUCACAAGACCAAGUACCGGACCUCAACUCCUGCAGGACUGAUAACACACACGCCACACACACACACCUCAUUAUUGUCCCUUCUCUUACACUCACAUACACUUGCUCACACCCUCACUCCCACACUGACUUCACUUCUUGUUGCCUUUUGGACUAGUGCUUUUUUUUCUUCUUUUUUUUUUUUUCUACACCGCAUUCGCUGACCUUCUGAGCUGAGUGGAUUUACUUUUAUCCUGUGGCGGACCAUGGGGCUAGGGUGGAGGGGUGCAGCAGGGACCCUCCGAAUAAGGACAGAGGGGAGCUGGUACCUUUGGGUGACAUUGCUGCUGUUCUGUGGCUUCUGGGAGACUCACACACAGACAGAUGAUGGGAAGUCUGUCUACUUCUGGGAAACAGGUCCAUGGGGACGAUGCAUGGGCAGCGACUGUGGCCCAGGUGGCAGCCAAAGCCGGGCAGUCUGGUGCGCCCAUGUGGACGGGUGGACGACGCUUCACACCAACUGUGACCAAGGCCAGCGUCCGUCCAACCAGAGAAACUGUUUCCGUGUGUGUGACUGGCACAAGGACCUUUACGACUGGCAACUGGGUGCCUGGAAUGUGUGCGUGCCAGUUUCAGCAAGGACCUUAUGGGCCUCGCGGCCGUUCACAUGCAGUGGAGGCGAAGAGGGCAUUCAGACCCGGGAGGUGGGCUGCACUCUCAAAUCAGACGGGACUCCAGCAGAGGAUGCCAUCUGUGAAUACUUUGAGCCCAAGCCUCGCCUGGAGCAGGCCUGUUUGAUCCCUUGCCCUCAGGAUUGUGUUGUUUCCGAGUAUUCGCCAUGGACGUCCUGCUCCAAGACGUGCGGAACAGGCCUUAGGAACAGGGUCCGCAGUGUCCUGGUUCCUCCACUUUUUGGAGGCGCGCUUUGUCCCAACCUAACUGAGUUCCAGUCUUGUAAACCGGGGCCUUGCACGGGCCCAGAGGGCAUGUACAGUCUCAGGGUCGGACAGUGGACCCCUUGCACCCUCCCACAGACUCGGACAGCGCGCCAAGUUAAGCGCAGGAAAGGUAAAGGCCAGGGGCUCCGGGACAGAGCUGGAGUCAAAGAUCCAGAGACCAGGGAGCUUAUCCAGAAGAAACGAACCAGGAAUCGCCUUAACCGGCAAGAGAGUCCCUUCUGGGACAUCCAGGUGGGCUACCAGACUCGGGAUGUGACCUGCAUACACAGGAACGGGAGCACUGUGGGACGCAACCUGUGCACACCGAGGGACCUGCCGCUGACCGUCCAGUCCUGCGUCCUCCCUAAAGACUGCCAGGUGACCGACUGGGUUGAGUGGGGCCCCUGCUCAAAAACCUGCCUGGACCCAGAGUCUCCCGUAGGCAACCGCACUCGGAGCAGACAGGUGAUCCAGUUCCCCGUGGGCGAGGGGGCGGAGUGCCCGGUGCUGGAGGAGUCUCAGCCGUGUGAACCUCCGGGCGAAGGCGUGCCGCCCUGCGCCACCUACACCUGGAGGAGCACAGAGUGGAGCGACUGCCGGGUUGACUCGUUGCUAAGCCAACAGGACCGACGGCGUAGCAACCUGACAGGGCUCUGUGGGGGAGGCCUGCAGACCAGAGAAGUUUACUGCGUCCAGGCUAACGCUGAGCUUUUGAAAUACCUCAACGACCUCAGAGAAAAGGACAAAGCGGGUCAGACCCAAAGACAGCAGAAGCCUAGUGUCCCCCCUCUCCUCUCCAUCACCUUCCAGAUUACAGCCUCCCGCCCGGUGGAGAACAAGCUGUGUGAGGGUCCGGUCCCCAACAGGUCCCAGCUUUGCCAAAUCCCCUGUCCCAUCGACUGUGAGGUGUCGCCCUGGGGCGCCUGGGGGCCCUGCACCUUUGAGAACUGUGACGACCAGGCGGGAAAGAAAGGUUUCAAAAUGAGAAAGCGACAGAUCACCAACGAGCCGACAGGAGGGCCUGGAAACUGCCCGCACCUGGUGGAGGCGGUGCCGUGUGACGAGCCCAGUUGUUACGACUGGCGACUGGUCGGACUGGAUCAGUGUGUCCCCGACGAUGAGAAGCCGUGCGGCGCCGGCACUCAGCUCGCACAGGUCCAGUGUGUCAACAGCAGCGGAGAAGAGGUGGACAGGAGUCUGUGCACAUCCUCCCUGGCUCCAGAGCCCGUGCGCUGUGAGGUGCCUUGCUCGAGGGACUGCGUGCUAAGCGACUGGACAUCCUGGUCCACUUGCUCCCAGACCUGCUCCAGUAAGACCAUCGAGGGGAAGCAGAUGAGGACGCGCUCCAUCCUGGCGUACAACGCCGGUGAAGGUGGAGCCCUAUGCCCGAACAGCAGCGCCCUCCAGGAGGUACGGAACUGUAACGAACACGCCUGCACCGUCUACCACUGGCAGACGGGACCUUGGGGCCCCUGUACAGAAGACCCCUCUGCCUCCAGCCUCAACACGUCCCGAGCCAGCGGUGGCGGUCUCUGCUCCAUGGGGAUGCAGACUCGUAAGGUCAUCUGCGUGCGCGUCAACGUGGGACAGGUGCCACCCAAGAAGUGUCCAGACGGACCCCGCCCUAGCACGGUGCGACCCUGUCAGCUGCCCUGCAAGAAAGACUGCAUCAUGACCCCUUUCAGCGACUGGACUCUGUGUCCCGUUACUUGUGACGCAGCUGGCAACGCUGUGAAGAGAAAGCAAUCAAGGAAGCGUCUUAUCAUCCAGCUGCCAUCCAACGGAGGACAGGAUUGUCCGGAGGUGCUGGAGGAGGAGAGGGACUGCGAGGUCCCCAAAAUCUGUCCAGGGUUCAGGUGGAAAACCCACAAAUGGAGGAAGUGCCAGCUGGUCCCGUGGUUUCUCAGACAGGACCGUCCUGGUGCACAGGAGACCUGCGGACCUGGACUCCAAACAAGAGCUGUGUCCUGUCGCCAGCUGGACGGGACGCAGGCCGACAUCAGCGCGUGUCUGAAAUUCGCCAAGGCCAUGCCUUCCAUCACUCAGCGCUGUCAGCUCCCCUGCCAGGACGACUGCCAGCUGACCAACUGGUCCAAGUUCUCGUCCUGCACAGCUGACUGUGUGGGGGUCCGCACCAGAAAGAGGGCAUUGAUAGGGAGGAGCAAGAAAAAAGACAAGUGCAAGAACACGCAAAUGUACCCACUAAGUGAGACCCAGUACUGCCCCUGUGACAAGUACAACGCCCAGCCGGUGGGGAACUGGUCAGACUGCAUCCUGCCGGAGGGAGGCAGAGUGGAGAGCAUCCUCGGGAUGAAGGUCCAGGGAGACAUCAAGGAGUGUGGACAGGGCUACCGCUACCAGGCCAUGGUGUGCUACGACCAGGACAACAGGCUGGUGGAGACUUUGCGCUGCAACAGUCACGGCUACAUUGAGGAGGCGUGCAUCAUCCCCUGUCCCUCGGACUGUAAACUCAGCGAGUGGUCCAACUGGUCACGCUGCAGCAAGUCCUGCGGCAGCGGGGUCAAAGUUCGCUCCAAGUGGCUUCGAGAGAAACCUUACAACGGUGGCCGGCCGUGUCCCAAACUGGACCACAUCAACCAGGCCCAGGUGUACGAGGUGGUGCCGUGUCAGAGCGACUGUAAUCAGUAUGUGUGGGUGGCCGAGCCGUGGAGCGUGUGGAAAGUCAGCAACGUGGACCUGAAAGAGAACUGUGGAGAAGGCGUGCAGACCAGGAAAGUCAGGUGCAUGCUCAACACUAUAGACGGGCCGUCGGAGUCUGUGGAGGACUACCUGUGUGACCCGGAGGAGAUGCCCCUGGGGGCCAGGGAGAGCCGGCUGCCCUGCCCAGAGGACUGCGUUCUCAACGACUGGGGCCCAUGGAGCCGCUGCAGCCUGCCAUGUACCAGAACCAACAGUCGAGUGCGGAUGGCCUACACCCUCCGGUCGCCCAGCGUGGGGAGGCAGUGUCCAGACACCACGGACAAGGAGCCUUGCAGCCUGAACCUCAACUGUUUCAACUACUUCUACAACAUCACAGACUGGAGUACAUGUCAGCUGAGUCCUAACGCUGUGUGUGGGAGCGGCAUCAAGACACGGAUGCUCGACUGCGUUCGCAGCGACGGAAAAUCGGUCGAUAUAAAGUUCUGCGAGGAGUUGAAUUUGGAGAAAAAGUGGCAGAUGAACAUCUCCUGCGUGGUCGAGUGUCCCGUCAACUGUCAGCUCUCUGAGUGGUCGGCCUGGUCCGACUGCUCGCAGACGUGUGGACUCGAAGGUAAGAUGUGGCGGCAGCGGUCAGUGGUCCAGGCCUCUCAGGGCGACGGCCGGCCCUGCCCGACUCAGAUGGAGCAGUGGAAGCCCUGCCCUGUCCGACCCUGCUACCGCUGGAAGUACAGCCCCUGGUCCGAGUGUCGGGUGGAGAGUGUGGUGUGCGGACACGGCAUGCGCUACAGAAACCUGUCCUGCUUCGUGUCGGACGGCGCCAGCGACGGCGAAGGCUUGGUGGACGAGGAGCUGUGCAGCAGCUUGGAGCUGGCCGUCGACGGAGACAAGCAGAUCAUCCUGAAGGAGGCCUGUACCCUUCCCUGCCCAGGUGAAUGCUACCUGAUGGAGUGGUCGGACUGGAGCUCGUGUGUGAGCAUCUGCGUAAAGGGGGCCGGCGUGGACUUCGGUUCGGUUCAGGUACGCUCACGAGCCGUGUUGGCCCAGGAGCCCGAAAACCUUCUGCUCUGUCCCGACCAGUCGUGGGAGUCUCAGACCUGCACAGGGGGCGAAUGUUACGAGUACAAAUGGUUCAGCAGUUUCCGUGUAAACUCCAGCCGCCCCUCUGUCUGGUGUCAGCGCUCCGAUGGACUCAAUGUCACCGGAGGUUGUCCUCCGAUGAAUCCUCCAGUGGACAACAGCUCCUGUGACCCUCCCUGUCUCAUGCCAAAGUCUUUCUGCAGCGAGGCUGGUGUGUGCAUGUGCGAGGAGGGCUUCACAGAGGUGCUGUCGUCCACUGGGCAGCUGGAUCAGUGCGCCCCCAUCCCGAUCCUGGAGAUCCCCACAGCGGGGGACAAGAAAGGGGAUGUGAAGACCAGUCGUGCCAUUAACCCCACCCUGCCCACCACCAUCCAGCCUGGACGCUCCGGGCGGACCUGGUACCUGCAGCCCUACGGACCAGAUGGGAAGCUGAAGAUGUGGGUGUAUGGUGUAGCAGCCGGAGCUUUUGUGCUCCUCAUAUUCAUAGUGUCUAUGAUAUACCUAGCUUGCAAAAAGCCAAAGAGACCUCAGAGACAGAGGCAACAAAACAACCGACUAAAACCUCUGACUCUCGCCUACGACGGGGACACGGACAUGUAGUCCUCCGGGAGACGCUUCACCCAGCACUUCACCUGUCAUAGAGACCCACUUCAUCACGCCAUUACAGUGAGGGACACGGAUGUUUGCAGCGUGAAUGGACACGUCACAGAGCGGAGAAAUUACAGAAAAUCCUCUUAGCAGAGACACUGGUGGGGUUUAACCAUUUCAAGUAGAGCUCCAAUCACCCCCUCCCCUUUCUUUUUGUUUUUUAAAGUGUUUUCUUUUGCAAGAGCCUUCAUGACCUCCACCGUGUUCAAAGAAAUGCCUUUUUUUUAAUGCCCCCAACACGUCCACAUUACUCUUAAAGAUUCAGAUCCAGGAGAGUCUGGGUGCAGAAGACAGCUCUCCGUCUGUCUCUCAACAUGGCAGCACAAGCUCCAACUCUUCCCCCACGCUUUUCCGCUUGUCCCUAAAAAAAAUGCUGAGUAGCUGGAGGCUUAGGAUGCUCUGACGGUUCGUACGUUGCCAAAAGUCACCGCAGGGAAGAGGAGGAGGGAGAGGAAAAUCUCCAUAAAAAGGUUUGGAUUCCUUUUUCCUCAAUCCUCAACUGGGUUUUGACUCAAAUCUCUUUUACAGUCUUGAACAAAAGGGAGGCAUUUUUUCUCUUUUUUUUUUUUUUUUGCUUGAUUUAGAGGCACACAGGCCUGUGUUUGUGGGAUAAACAGAUCUGUACGAUGCUGGUGGAGGAGUAGCCUGCAAUCAGUUGUCCGAGGAAACUACCGCCUGCCUGCCUCCACCCUUUCUUUGUUUCAGGCUCUACAUUGCACUAUAUUAGUGCAGCAUGAUAUGCACAUGUGACUUCUACCUUCUAUUGCCAUAAAACACUGCCUCUUCUACAAACAAAACCAUAAAGCAGAGGAAUCAACCCGAGAACAUUCAAAAGGAAAAACGACAGCGACCGGAAAACGUGUUCACAUGUCACAUUCUACAAAACAGAUGUGAAUCUCCAGUAAAUAUAUGUAUAGAUUUUAUUUCUCACAACAGACUUUUUGGUUGUAGUAAAGUACCUUUUGUGGUUUGUAGACUUCGUCUGGUGUUAUCACUUUUACUUCUGCCCAGAUGCAAUUAAAGAUUUAACUAUGAUAUCAGCAGGUGACUUGUUUUUAAAUAAUCGCCUGCUUUAAAGUUAUUUUUAACCAUAAAAAUUCUAAUUAUUUAAUUUUUCUUUUUUUAAACCUGUACAUUGUGGAAAAGCUGAAACUUUGCAGUGAUUAAAGAAAAAGAACGAUAAAUUUAAACCAUUCAUGUCAUGCAAAGUCAUUUCUGCCUUACUGACUAAACUAAAUACUAACAGUCCUGUAAUACAGUUUUGUAAUACUUGAAUGGGGCACAUUAUACAUCACACUACAUGUAGACACAAAGAAAACUAAAUUUUCUUUUGGGGGUCACUUAGCAAACUGCAGAGUUUUUAAAACUUUUACAUGUAGUAAUCCGUAUCAUAGGUGCUUUUUUCAGUCACACUACAUGAGGUGAAAUAUAGCUAAAAAAAAUCUGUACAAAGAAAUUAUACAACAUGUUAUUAAUAAUAAGAGAACACGCUUCUGCUGAGUUCAACGUAAAAGCAAACUGGUGUGGAGAAUGUUUACUUUUUUUGUUGUGGGAUUUGUAAAUAACAGCAAUUUUUUUAUUUUUUUGGAGAAAAAAAUAUCAAAGUAUGUGUACAUUUAUUUUGUAUUGCACAGAAAAUGUUUAGUUUGAAUAUUUGCAAAGUGGGUGUGUGAUAUUGCUGAUUGUUGUUAUCAUGAUGCAAGUUGUAUGUUAUGAAAAAAAACGGACAGAAAAAAAAGAAGCAUAAAAAAGAGGAAAAGGCUCAGCCGUUUUGUACAGGUUGUUUAUAUGUAUGGGAAGAAUUACUGAAAAUAAAUA